AUGGUUUCUCUCCAGAUAGUCAAUCAGUCGAAUGCCCUCGUUGCAUCUCUACCCAAGGGGUUAGUAGCCGUCUUCAUCGGUGCAACAUCAGGCAUCGGCCAAAGCACCCUCCACCACCUCGCCCAACACGCGCAAUCUCCACGCAUCUACACCGUCGCCCGUCCCCAGACCGCACCAUCCCAUGAGCACUUCCUCUCCUCGCUGCGCGAAACGAAUCCAGACGGCAUCUACACCCUCAUCCCCGCGGACCACACGCUCAUCUCCGACAUUGACGCUGCCCUCGACACCAUUAUCCAAAGGGAGACAAAAGUCGACAUCCUCUUCCUCUCCGCCGGCUUCAUCGCCUUCGAGGGCCGGCAAGAUACCCGCGAGGGCCUCGACCCGUCCAUGUCGACGCGCUACUACACCCGCCUCCGCGCCGUCCAGAAGCUCCUACCUCUCCUCACGAACGCCCCUCGUCCGCGCGUCGUUUCGGUGCUGGCGGCGGGCUUGGAGGGCGCCAUGGUCGACGAGGACGACCUCGACCUCCGCCGGCCGGGGAACUGGGGGUUCUGGCCCGCUUCCGUGCAGGCGACGACCAUGGGUACGCUCGCGCUCGAGGUGCUGGCGAGGGAGAACCCCGGGGUGAGCUUCGUGCACCUGUUCCCCGGCUUGGUCGCCACGCCGGGCUUGGAGAGAGUGAGGCGAUUCGGGAUGGCUGGUGGGGGUACGGAUGGGGAGAUGAGCGUGGAAGAGGCGGGUGCGAGGGGUUUAUUUUUGGCGACGAGUGAUCGGUAUGAUUGUCGGGGACGCGAGGGUCUCGUGAGGGUGCCUGAGGGGGUUGAGGAUGUAAAGAAAUCAGGGGGUGGGAUCUUUUUGGUUGAUCAGCAGGGGGAGAGCGUAGAGAAUGAAGAGGUUUUGGGGGAUAUGAGGAGGCGAGGCUUGGAUGAGAAGGUGUGGAAAUUCACCCAAGAGCUGUUUGAUGAUUGUCUUGGUCAGAGUGGAAAGCCCAACGAACGGUCGUAG